AUGUAAUAUUGACACUUCCCACUUCUGACAAGAUGGCCGUAAUCGAAGGUCCACUUAGUAAGUGGACAAAUGUCAUGAAAGGAUGGCAAUAUCGAUGGUUCGUUCUAGACGAAAGCUCUGGCAUUCUAUCAUAUUUCACUUCAAAAGAGAAGAUGAUGCGAGGGGCGAGACGAGGCUGUGUAAGACUAAAGGGAGCAGUAAUUGGUAUUGAUGAUGAAGAUGACAGCACGUUUACGAUAACUGUGGAUCAGAAAACAUUCCAUUUUCAAGCUCGAGAUGCUGACGAGCGGGAGAAGUGGAUACAAGGACUAGAGAAUGCAAUACUUCGCCAUUCCCAUGCCAACAAAAAGCAGGAAACCAAAUCAGUUCCUACAGCUGCGGAUUUUGACAGAAAACUCUCAGAAACUGAUGCUUAUUUACAACUUCUAAUAGGCCAAGUACAGACGUUGGAUACGAGAAUUGAGGCUUGUGAAGAUGUGUCCGCCAAAGAAAAGUAUAGUGUGUUAAAAGUGACUGCAGAGGCUAUGAUUGAAGCUAUAAAGCAUGCCAUUGUAAUGCUGCAGAUAGCGAAGGAAAGUUUGAAGGGUCCAGUGAUGAACGGGACAAUGCAUGAGGCAGUUCUCACAUCAGGUGCUGAUUUUGACCACUUUGGUCGGAGAGCAAGCCAGAGGUCUAAUUCACAUUAUUGUGGGAUUCCUGCCUCCCUGUCAGCUGAGAGCAUAGACCUCAACUCCUCUCUACCUUUACCUGCCACCUCUACAGACACACCUCUCCCUGGGGAUGAGAACAGUUCCAGUACGACUGUCCCAGAGACGUCCUACUCCAGUAGUGAGGAUGAAGAUUUCUUUGAUGCAGAGGACUUCAGGUCUACUCCGAAAACAAGUCCAGAUAAAUCAACCUCAUCGUCUUUGGUGACAACACCGAGUCCAGAAAGCGAGGAGGAGAAAGCGAGACCCCCACAGAUCAUAGCCUCGGAGGAUGACUAUUUUGAUGAACUUUAUGAUGAGCGAGAUACAGAAGAAUUGGGUUCCCUGGAGAAACACGGCAGUAUAAUAGCUCACCUGUUAUCUCAAGUGAGAAUCGGGAUGGAUCUUACCAAGGUUGUGCUUCCGACCUUCAUUUUGGAGCGGAGAUCACUACUCGAGAUGUAUGCCGACUUCUUUGCUCACCCAGAUCUGUUUAUCAAUAUCCCUGACAUGGACACGCCAGCUGAGAGGAUGAUACAACUGGUCCGCUGGUACAUGUCUGCCUUCCAUGCUGGCCGUAACAGUGACGUGGCGAAGAAACCGUACAAUCCUAUUCUGGGGGAGACCUUUCUUUGUCAUUGGAACAUGCCCGACUGGCCGAAAACCACGGAUCUAGCCGAUGACGGUCCAGUUCCAUGGUCAACAAAAGAAAACUUAGCUUUCAUUGCAGAACAGGUGUCUCAUCACCCGCCCAUUUCGGCAUUCUAUGCAGAGCAUUACAAUAAACGAAUUUCAUUGGAUGGAUACAUUUGGACAAAGUCCAAGUUUCUUGGACUGUCCAUUGGGGUGCACAUGAUUGGACAAGCGGUUGUGUCUCUUAUAGACCAUGAUGAGGAGUAUGUGAUUACCUUCCCUAAUGGGUAUGGCAGGUCCAUCCUGACGGUGCCGUGGGUGGAGUUAGGUGGGAAAGUGACCAUAGCUUGUGCCAAAACAGGAUUCUCAGCCAACGUAGACUUCCAUACUAAGCCUUUCUAUGGAGGCAAGAAACACCAGGUCACGGGACACAUUUAUUCGCCAACCGACAAAAAGAAUGCAAUUGUGACGAUUGAUGGAGAAUGGAACGGGGUCAUGUAUGCCAAACACAGCUCAGGGAGAAAUGAGGCAUUUGUGGAUACUAAGAAGAUGGCCAUUGUGAAGAAAAGAGUUAAGCCACUGGACACACAAGUGGAGUUUGAAUCUAGAAAGUUAUGGGAACAAGUUACCAGAAAUUUGAAACAGAAGAAUGUAGAAAUCGCAACAGAGUUUAAACAUAAAUUGGAACAUCGCCAAAGAACAGAAGCGAAAGAAAGAAAGGAAAAGGGACUGAAAUGGGAAACAAAGCAAUUCCACGAGGUAGGCGAACACUGGGUGUACGACCGGCCAUUACUGAAACGCCUUGGGAAAGGCACACCGACACGUACACCGACAGACACGUUGUGAUUCGGACGAGAGUGUUUCCUGGAAACCUGGAAACAAGCUCUACAACUUAAACUCGCUUUAAUUAUAGUUCACAAGAAAGUGAUAGAAAUACAACAUUGACAGUUUUGCAAUAAUGGUACUUUUCAAUGUUGCUAUGGAAACAGUUCUUCCGGGCAUUUCACUCUUAUUAUAAUGCUUUCUACCUGUGACUGUGCUUAAAACAACCUCACAAUACUAUAUCAUCACAGCAGUGUCAAUCAGAAACUGAACAUUUUCAUUGUGUUUUGUAUUUGUUAAUAUUUCUGUCGCCUGAGACAAAGUCUCAAAUGACCUAUAGCCGUUGCUUUUCGUCCGUCGUUGUGCGUCCUGCAAUGAGCGUCAUACAAUUAAGGUUUUUGACUUCUCAAAAGACUUAUUUCUGAAAUUUUGCAGAAGCCUGUCAUGUCCAAACAUCAACUGAAAUUGUGAAUCAUUGGUUUUCCCAAGGGGCCUAAGGGGCACCAAAAUGGGGUUUUCUUUCAUAGAUGGAAGGGUUUUGAAGUGCUUUAAUAAAAAAAAAAAUGGGAAUGAAGUGCUUUAAUAAAAAAAAAUGGGAAUGCCUUGACCCCUGGGCUUCAUGUUUCCCCUUUGGGGAGAGGAUUGAGUUUACUGAUUUGUAUGAUAUUAAUCUAUAUAGAAAAUGUUACUUUGGGUAUUUUCUCAUUCAGUUCAAUUGGAAAUUAUUUCAGUUAUUACCCUGAGAUAACAGUUCGAUACUAUGAAACCCACCCCAGGCCCUUAAUACAUUGUAUGUAAAGUUGGAGCCUAAAAGGGGUCAGAUUGGCUUUAAUUUUAGUAAUCUUUUUUUUGCAGACAUAGAUAUAUCGGCAGCACAUAAUUUUAAUUAUUGAAAUGAUCUUUGGGCGUUUUAUCAAAAUAGUGAAUUUCCUUACUCCCAGAUAUCAUGUUUGCCCCUCGAGAGGGAGUAAGUUUACUGUACUAUAGUUUCCUCAUAUAAAUGACCUUGUAUGCUCUUCAAGGUCACAGGGUCCAAAAGGUUUCCUGUGAGAAUUGAUCUGAAGACCCAGAAUUCUUAUAUUUGAUCAGUAGGUACCAGAGAUGGAGUGCUAUCAAGUUUCCUCAUGUAAAUAACUUUGGUUGUCAAGAUCACUUAUCGUGUAAUAUAAUACUGAAAAACUUUAAAAUUCAUUUUCUUAUUAUAAGUAAUCCAAUUUCUCUUGUUAUUAUAGCUUUACAUUCAAAAUAGCACUGGUGUUAAGUCUUAUACUGCUGAGGAUCAAGAACAUGAUUCUCAUCGCUUUGUAUAUGUAAUUCAUCAAAAACACCAAAGGAAGUAGGUUUGGUAUCGCAAUACUGACUCACAUUGCAUGAAUGCAAAACCCUACAACGUGAUUCACCUAUUCAUCAGUGAAUUAUAUCGCCCUUAUUAGAAAUAUUGUAUUUCAUUUCCUGAAACAAACUAACAUAAAGUCUGCAUGAAAACUUUAAAACAUCAAUCUUUUCAUUAUCCCUUAAUAGACAUGUGCGCAAGAUUCGGGCCCUCUGGGCCUCUUGAAUUCAUUUUCAUUCAGAAAUUCAAAACCAAUUGGAAUUAUGAUGUAUGUAACUAUGUACUCAAGAAGGUGGUUAGAGGCUAUUAAUAUUUUUCUGUAAUCACCCCAGGGGCUGAGAGUGCGAUGUAUUGGUUAAGACACUCUUAUGCCAAUUGUUUGUCCUGUUUAAUAGACAUGAAGUAAAUCAUCUGUAAUCUGUAUAUAUAUACAUAUACAGAACUCAGGUCCUUGAGCCUCUUGUCAUAGUUUUAGUCUAUAUUUCGUCAGUCUUCCAUUGUCCAUCUGGCUGGCUGCCAAGAAUUGUUUACGAACGGGUUUGUCCAGCAAUAAUUCUUGAUAUGAAUUAUUUCUUCAGAAGUUCUAGAAUAUUUCUCAAGUGUCGUGUGUAAGUUCUCCUUCAUCCAUAAUUAGUUUUGCAUAUUUAAUUUGGAGUCUAAUCAGGAAAUUUACAUGGCUGACAGGCAGCCAUCUUGGAUUUUAAUGAUUGAAGUUUGUUAUUACUAUUUCUGGAGAAGUACUGGAAGGAUAUUUCUCAAGAUCCACAAAACUCUAACUUGAUCCCUAUAGUUUAAGAGGAAAAGGAAAAAGAAGAAAAAAGUAGAGAACAGAUCAGUCUUACAUAGAACAAAUAAAGAUCAUUUCAUGGUGCUUAUUUAAUGCAUGUUUUACAUUCAGGGAAGUUAGAGAAAUCAGCGACGGUUUUCGUGGAUUCCGUUCUCAUAUUGAAUUUGUAUAUGAGAGGUAUGUUGGAAAUCUGUGGAGGAGAUAUGUUAGUGCUACAUGUUGAUAUAUUACAAAUGCUUGUGUGGAUGGUUUGUGUAAAUGAUUAUAUUUAAAUCCUUAAAUACCACAAGUAAUACACUGCCCUCCAAAGUUCUGUUACAUUUGGAACGUUUAAAUCAAAUGGCUAGCCAACAAAAUUUGAGAUAAAGUGUUGUAAUAUCUGUAAGAUAGUCCAUUUGUAAGUGACGAUUGCAAAUUAUUUGAAAAAUACCUCACUUCUUUGAAGUUGCAGGGAGAGGGAAUGGAGGGUCCUAUUUUCCAUAAUGUUCAAAAAUGAACAAAAAUAUUGGUGUUUUUUUUUACUGACACAAAUAAAAGUAAUUGUUUAGCUGAUUAACAGUUAAAAAACAUGUAAGAAAUGCAUUUUUGAAAUUUAUAUUAAACAAAGAGGGAAAUUUUCAGAAUGUUGCAUUUUGAGGAUUUCCAUUGUAACAAAACAUAUGCACUGUUGAAAAAUGAACAUGAACAUUUGAAAUCAUGAACAAAAACAUCCUAAGAAGAUAUGAUUCUAACAGAUUGUAAUAAAGACUUCGAGAUUAACUUUGCUGUAUUUUACAUAAUAAUUGUAACAGGACUUUUGGAGGGCAGUGUAUGUGUUUGUACAAGUUUCAUUUUUGUCUUGUCUGUGAAUAUGGUGUUACUAUUCUAACAGCAGAUUUUGCAUAGUUGACAUUUCAUUCAAAAGUUUUGCAAGACAUUUAAUUACAUGUAAUUAUUGUUUUCUGAUUGUAAGAAUGUCAGUUUCACAUAGCGAGGUGCUAUAAGGUGCCGGGCACAGUUUACUAUAUAUAGGCUUAUGUAAAUUCAACAGAUGUGAAGAUAUGGACACAUAUCUUUUAUUUGAAAAAUGUGAUUCACAAAAUAAAAGAUUAUUUUCAAAAUG